AUGGCGGUCGUCAUCAACGCCGGCAGGCUCGACUUCGACCGGAAGCUGGACUUCACCAAGCUCAAGGACGCGUGCGGCGGCGAGCUGACGAUGUUCGACGACGACUCCCCGACCCCCGAGGCGAUCGCGGAACGCGCGUCGGGGCACGCGGUCGUGGUGUCCAAGGAGGUCCCUGUGGACGUCAACCUCCUCCCGGACACCGUGAAGCUCAUCUGCGAGGCGGGCACGGGAUACAACAACAUCGACCUCGCCGCCGCGAGGGCGAGGGGGAUCACCGUGUGCAACGUUCCCAGUUACUCCACCGACGCCGUCGCGCACCUCGUCAUCACCUUCGUGCUCAACUUCAGCGCCACCGUCGUCCCGCAGCACGUCGCGCUCGCCAAGGGCGACAGGUCGCUCUUCACCUCGUCGCUCGGCACGACCCCGCACUUCGAGCUCACCGGCAAGACCAUCGGGCUGGUGGGCGGCACCGGCGCCAUCGGCACGAAGGUUGCCGAGAUCGCGCGCGUCCUCGGCAUGAACGUCCUCGUGUGGUCCAGGUCGGCGCAAACCGAGCCCGGUAAGUGGGAGGCUCGCGAGUCGCUGAAGGACCUCCUCGCGGAGUCCGAUUUCGUCUCCGUGCACUGCCCGCUGAACGAGCAGACGCGCGGGUUGAUCGACCGCGACGCCAUCGCGUCUAUGAAACCCACCGCGUACGUCAUCAACACCGCGAGGGGCGCCGUCAUCAACGAGACGGACCUCGUGAAUGCGCUCCGAGCGGGCACCAUCGCGGGGGCCGGGUUGGACGUCCAGGAGGUCGAACCGCCGGUGGAGGGAUCGCCGCUGUACGAUUUGGAAAACGUGAUGCUCACGCCGCACGUCGGGUGGAAGAGGUUGGAGACGCGUCAGCGGCUGAUGGACCUCGUCGCCGACAACGUCGCGGCGUGGAAAGCCGGCGCGGCCGUCAACGUCGUCAACUGA